AACAUUUUUGUGUCUUUACUUGCCUCUGCCCUGUAUUUCUCUCUAUUUUCUUUCCCUUUUGUUUUUGGCUUUGAGUUAACAAAACGUUCUAAUUCACAGUACCCAAGAAAGCUUGUGGAGAUUGGGUAUUCGCUUCCUUUACCUUCUCUCUCACUCUCUCAACGGAUGCACAAAAAGUGAAGAAUAGUGGUGGGUUCUUUCUUUAUCACCGAAAAGAAGAAGGGUCUGCUUUCUUGGCCAUUAUUAUCGCUUCCCCAUUUGAGUGGAGAAGAUUUCAUGGCUGUUUUUUCACUGCCUUCUUGGAACUGUUAGGCUGUAGAUUAGAGUUUAUUACUUUCGUGUUGGAGCAUCCCUUAUUCCAAUUUGAGUACUCAAAGAGAUUGGGAGCAUUGUUUUGGGUUGGUUAGUGUCCCCUAAUGGAUAAAGUUCACUGUGCACCUUUGCUUUGUGUUGUUGUCUGUAUUGAGAUGUUUCUAUGCGCAUCUUGUGUGGAUGAAUUUGGAGAUUCAACAGCUGUGUACAUAGUGACCCUUAAGGAACCUCCUUCUUCUACUAAUUAUUAUGCUCAGCUUAGACAGAAUGCCACUUCUUCUAGGCUUGCUACUUCUGGUGGAUUAAGCAUCCACAAACCAAGAAAUAUAUCAAGAAAACAUGGAAGAUAUAGGUCUUAUAUAGCCCGAGUUCACGAUUCAUUGUUGAAGAGGGUCUUGAAGGGGGAGAAAUAUCUAAAGCUCUACAGUUACCAUUUCUUGAUCAAUGGAUUUGCUGUGUUUGUUACUGAAGAACAGGCAACUAAACUUUCAAAGAGGAGAGAGGUGGAAAAUGUCGUCAUGGAUUUCUCUGUUAGAACAGCUACGACACAUACUCCACAGUUCUUGGGGUUGCCGCAGGCAGCUUGGUCUCAAGAUGGUGGCUAUGAAUCUGCUGGAGCUGGGAUCGUGAUAGGGUUCGUCGACACUGGCAUUGACCCUACACACCCCAGCUUUGCUGAUGAUUUGACUGAUAAUCCGUUUCCCAUUCCGGCCCACUUCUCGGGAAUCUGUGAGGUAACUCCUGAUUUCCCGUCUGGAUCAUGCAAUCGGAAGCUUGUUGGAGCGCGCCAUUUUGCAGCAUCAGCUAUAACAAGGGGAAUAUUUAAUGCAUCUCAGGAUUAUGCAUCGCCAUUUGAUGUCGAUGGACAUGGCACGCACACAGCUUCAAUUGCUGCUGGAAACCAUGGCAUUCCAGUGGUAGUUGCUGGACAUCACUUUGGAAAUGCUAGUGGGAUGGCCCCUCGUUCACACAUUGCUGUUUACAAGGCACUGUACAAAAGCUUUGGAGGUUUCGCUGCCGAUGUCGUUGCUGCAGUUGAUCAGGCUGCUGAAGAUGGGGUGGAUAUAAUAAGUUUAUCAAUCACACCAAAUAGGCGGCCCCCUGGCAUUGCGACGUUUUUUAAUCCCAUAGACAUGGCACUGCUCUCUGCAGUUAAGGCUGGUAUAUUUGUUGUGCAAGCAGCUGGCAAUACUGGACCAGCACCAAAGAGCAUGUCUUCCUUCAGUCCAUGGAUCUUUACUGUUGGUGCUGCUUCUCAUGAUAGAACCUAUGCUAACUCUAUAACCCUUGGCAAUAACGUCACCAUCCCGGGCGUUGGACUUGCACCUGGAACUUAUAAUGGCACGAAGUACAAACUAAUUGCUGCAAUGCAUGCAUUGAAAAAUGGCACACAUGUUUCAGAGGACAUGUACGUGAGUGAAUGCCAAGACUCCAGUAACUUUGAUCGGGAUCUGAUCAAAGGGAAACUUUUAAUAUGCAGCUACUCGAUCAGAUUCGUGCUCGGGCUUUCCACGGUUAAACAGGCUUCACAGACAGUGAAGAACUUGAGUGCUGCUGGGGUCAUCUUCUAUAUGGAUUCUUUUGUGUUAAGCUUUCGGCUUAACCCAACUCCAAUGAGGAUGCCUGGCAUCAUAAUUUCAUCACCAGAAGAUUCCAAGAUUCUUCUUCGUUACUACAACUCUUCUUUGGAAGUAAAUGGAUUAACAAAGAGAAUUUCUAAAUUUGGAGCUGUUGGUAGCAUAUCUGGAGGAUUAAAGGCAAAUUAUAGCUCUACUGCUCCACAGAUAAUGUAUUAUUCUGCUAGAGGACCAGAUCCAGAAGACAGUUCUGUUGAUGAUUCUGAUAUUAUGAAGCCCAACUUGGUUGCUCCUGGAAAUUUCAUAUGGGCUGCCUGGAGCUCUGUUGCCACGGACUCUGUCGAAUUUCUCGGUGAAAACUUUGCAAUGAUGUCGGGAACAAGCAUGGCUGCUCCUCAUAUUGCUGGCCUAGCCUCACUUAUAAAGCAGAAGUACCCUACUCUUAGUCCUUCAGCCAUUGCCUCUGCACUAUCGACGACUGCUUCUCUUUAUGACAAGACCGGUGGACCGAUCAUGGCUCAGCGUGCUUAUGCUAACCCCGAACAGAACCGGUCUCCAGCUACACCUUUUGAUAUGGGAAGUGGCUUUGUGAAUGCAACUGCAGCUCUCGACCCGGGGUUGAUCUUCGACUCCAGUUAUGAUGAUUAUAUGUCGUUUCUUUGCGGUAUCAAUGGCUCAUUUCCUGUGGUCUUCAACUACACAGCCCAGAACUGCGGGCUGUACAAUUCCAGCAUCAAUGGAGCUGAUUUGAACUUGCCCUCUGUCACGAUUGCGAAACUCAACCAGUCGAGAGUCGUGCAACGAACCGUGACCAACAUUGCUGGACCUGAGUUCUAUAGAGUUGGCUGGACUGCCCCUUACGGGAUUUCUUUGAAGGUCUCUCCAACUCGAUUUUCGAUAGAGAGUGGCAAGAAACAAGAGCUAACAAUAUUCUUCAAUGCGACGAUGAACAGCUCAACUGCUAGCUUUGGAAGAAUUGGACUUUUUGGGAGUGCAGGCCAUACUAUCAACAUUCCUCUCUCAGUAAUUUGGAAGUUCUCAUAUUAUACUACUAAAUGAGAGUUUUGGAUGAUGUAUUCUCUUUUUUUCUUCCUUUCUUUUUGAAUAAUUUGGAGGUGUGUUAACCAAUUUUUUCAUUCAUUUCUUGAUGUAAAUGUCCUGUAAUGAAGAUUAAGAUUCAAAAGUGAGGUAAUAACUGGGUUGACUUAUGUCUCCUCUUUUGUCUA